UUCUAAGGACCAAUCCAAGAUCGGCUCAGAAGAACGGAGGAGGCGGGACACCGCCCGAUUGGAUUACUUCACCUUGAAUGACAGAUUCUUAGAGGCAAAGAACACCUGGGUGGGAUCGAGCGAUUAAAUCGCUUCAAAAACGAUACGGGGAGCAAACGAGACACUGUCACGUUCUUCGCCGUGAGGCGAGGAGACAUUUCCUUACCUCAAAGCGCCUCGAGGCGCGAGAAGGGAAAGGAGCGAGAAUCGCACGGAAGGGCGGGCGCAUGCGCCACUCCCCCAAACGGAACGCCUCGCGCCCGAAGGCAAAGAGAACGCGGCGCGCAUGCGUCGGAGACAGCCCCGCCCACGAAAUGAAGUACGCCUGGCGCGUGGCCGCGCCCCCUCGCGUGACGUCAGGACCCAGCGUCCCCUCCCGCUCAUUCUGCCCUCGGGAGGCAAGAGGGACGCAGGUGGGUCACGCGCGGAGGGAAGGGUCGGAGGUCAGGGGUCGCGCGGGCAAAGGGCAAAAGGUCGUGCUGGGGAACGACAGCCCUGCCAGGUGGAGUUCUGACGUUUUCCUCUCUCUCGCAUCGUGGGUACCUGGAGGUAGAGCUGAGUCAGGGUGCCAAGAAGUGGGCUCCUUUGAAUUGCACAAGUCAUGCUGAGGAACUGGGCCAGGCUAUGGAGGGGUCUUCCUUGCUUCAUGACCCCUAGAAACGGGGCGCAGGGCACAACCCCCCACAUGGGGGUCCGCCAGUGUUUCUCCCACAAGCUACAAAAAAAUUCACCUUCUUGGUUGUCCACAUCAGAAAAGAUUAAAGAUCGCGCUGUCCCAAAUCCCAGCUGGAGCCAAGAAAUGGUGCUCCAGUUCAAUCGCUUCAUGGAGAUGACAAAAGAUGGCAGCUGGCGGAAGCUGCCUUCUUACCCAAGUUUCACUGAUCAUCUUCCAGAAGGACGCCAGAAGGAAGAACGCCAAAAACGAAAAUACCGCCUCUUUCUCCGAAGUAUCGACAGCGAAGGCAUGGGCUUCGAGUACGCCAUGUUCCUGAACACUCUGGAGAAGAAGGUGGCAGGCGUCUUCCAAAUAGGGCCCUACCUUGAGGGGCCUUCAGGGUUCGCCCACGGCGGGGCCAUCGCCACUAUCCUGGACAGCAUGAUUGGGGGCAGCGUCAUUUACGUCAGCAGCAGGGUAGUGACCGCUAACCUCAACAUAAACUAUAAGAGUCCCGUGGCGUUGGGCUCCGUGGUGCUGGUAGACACCAGGGUGGACAAAAUCGAAGGCAGGAAGAUCUUUGCGAGCGGCGAAAUCCGGAGCACGGAUGGACAGACCCUCCAUGCAGAGGCCACAGGUCUCUUCAUCGAAAUGCAGCCCCCCUCUUCGCCCCAGAAAGAAACAGAUUCCAGCAGCUCCCCUUAACAGACAACCACAGACCCAGCUCUUCGUCCACCUUCCUCUUCCUCAACUCUCCCACUACAAGCCCCUCUCAGAGUUUCCUCCCUUCUUUGCACAACCGGAUGGAACAUCAGCGUGUCGAAAACGGCAACCCACACCUGUUUGGCAUGGCACCGUUUGUCGUGGAGGCGGGAGGCCGUGAAUCCCACAAACUAUAUUUCUUGUUGCGUUGUCACCUUACAGGUCUGACUUCGGUGCCGUAGUUCUAAAACCCAAUGGGUGUCUCCUGGCUGCUUUCGAACUCGCUCCCCCCUUUCUUGCCCCUUCAAGGAUAUUUAUAUUUUCACCCUUUCACAUGUGGCGGAGAUUUCCUUUUGAGGCGAGCUUCCAAACCGGUGGAGUCGGAAGAAAAUUGGAUCAGGAUUGGACUGUGGAAGUCGUUGGGGCAGGAGACUCUCUCAACUGGGUGGUUUCCUUGCAGAUAUUUCUGGACCCAACUUCGUAACGUCAUCAAUGCUAGAAAGAGUGGCGAUUGCGGAAUGGAGGAGGAAGAGGAGGACUCUCAAAAGCGACAAUCUAACCCAGGAGUCGG